GCAGUGUGCAUUCACAGAGCAUUUCUAAACUGUUGUGAAAAUCUUCUUCUGCUAUAGAUUCUUCUCAAGUUCUUGUAUUCAAUCAUGGGGACAUGUAGUUUGUCUAAAGUGAUUUUCUCGUUUGUGUUUCUGAUGUUGUCAGCAAGCAGCCACACGGAGGUUGCUGGAGCACGUGUUCUUUUGGAAUCAGCAUUGCCCAAACCAGAAGUGUCACAACUUCCCAAACCCGAGUUCUCAGCAUCACAUAUCCCUGCAUUUCCAAAGCCUGAGCUCCCUAAGGUUCCUCAGUUGCCCAAUAUAGCUGAAAUACCAAUUCCUGAAUUGUCUAAACCAGAAUUUUCUAAAGUCCCUGAAGUAUCUAAAGAGUUGCCCAAAAUUCCUGAAAUUCCUAAAUCCAAAUUAUCCAAGCUAGAGUUACCUAAAGUUCCUGAAUUUCCUAAGUUAGAGUUACCUAAAAUACCUGAGAUACCUAAGAUUAGUGAAUUGUCAAAGCCUGAGUUAUCAAAAAUUUCUGAACUAUCAAAGUUAGAGUCGCCUAAAGUUCCUGAAGUGCCUAAGUUUGAGUUACCCAAAGUUUCUGAGUUGCCUAAAGUCCCUGAGUUGCCUAAAGUUCCUGAAUUUCCUAAAUCAGAGUUGCCUAAAGUUUCUGAAUUGCCCAAACCAGAGUUGCCUAAAGUUCCUGAAUUGCCUAAGGCAGAGUUUCCUAAAGUCCCUGAAUUGCCUAAGCCAGAGUUGCCUAAAGUCGCUGAAUUGCAUAAGCCAGAGUUACCUAAAGUACCAGAGAUACCUAAGUCAGAACUGCCUAAAAUACCUGAGAUGCCUAACAUUCCUGAAUUUCCUAAGCCCGAGUUACCAAAAGUUUCUGAAUUGUCAAAGUUAGAGUCGCCUAAAGGACCUAAGUUUGAGUUACCUAAAGUUCCUGAGUUGCCUAAAGUUCCUGAGUUGCCUAAAGUUCCUGAGUUGCCUAAAGUUCCUGAAUUGCCUAAAUCAGAGUUGCCUAAAGUUCCUGAGUUGCCUAAAUCAGAGUUGUCUAAAGUUCCAGAGUUGCCUAAAGUUCCUGAAUUGCCUAAGCCUGAAUUGCCUAAGUCAGAGUUGCCUAAAAUACUUGAGAUCCCUAAGAUUCCUGAAUUACCUAAGUCUGAGUUGCCUAAGACAGGGUUGCCUAAAAUUCCUGAAUUGUCUAAACCAGAGUUACCUAAAGUUCCUGAAUUGCCUAAGUCCAAGUUGCCUAAAGAAGUUGAGAUACCUAAGAUCCCAGAAUUGCCUAAGCCCGAAUUAUCUAAGCUUCCUGAAUUGUCAAAGUUAUAUUCACCUAAAGUCUCGGAAGUGUCUAAGUUUGAGUUGCCCAAAGUUCCUGAAUUUCUUAAAGUUCCAGAAUUGACCAAAGUUCCUGAAUUACCUAAGUUUGAGUUGCCUAAGUCGGAAUUGCCUAAGACAGAGUUGCCUAAAACACCUGAAAUGCCUAAGAUUCCUGAAUUGGUUAAACCCGAAUUAUCUAAAGUUCUUGAAUUAUCAAAGUCAGAAUUGCCUAAAGUACCUUAA